CACUCUACGUUGAAUCUAUCUACAAUCGUCCAAACCAACCCAGCUAACUCUCAAAUCUCAACACUGUCAAAGUUGAAAAUUUUUUGUAACGGUACAAUACAACUGAAGAAACGUGUGUGCAGUUGAAAAAACUUUUGCUUGGAUUGGGAAUUGUGUCAGUAUCAGUGCCUAGAGUUUAACACUGCACUGCCAUCCAUAAAUGAUUGAACACAAAUUAGUGGAAGUCAAGCCCAUUUCUACUCAACCUCAAAAAGCUAAACUAAAGAAAAGUUCACCGGAUGAGUUCGAUGAAGUAACUUUCAAUGAUGAAGAACUAAAUUCACCUCUUUUCAACAGUAUGAAUGUCAAUUGUCAGACAAUCGGCAACAAUUUCAUUGAUGAUGCAGAGGAACUGAUUAAUCACAUGACCGGCAGUCUGCUUGUUGAAAUGAAGGCAAAAAGUUUUCCCCUUGUAAAUCAGAGAGAGGAGUUGCUGGUCAAAGACGAAAAAGAUUUUAUUGAUCAGCUGAACUGCUCUGAAGGUAGCCAAGUGAAAGUUGUUUCCAUAUUUGGGAACACUGGUGAUGGGAAAUCUCACACACUUAAUCACACGUUCUUCAAUGGGGAACCUGUCUUCAAGACCUCCUCUCAUCAGAAUGCUUGCACGAUAGGGGUGUGGGCUGCAUAUGAUGAUUUACACGGGGCAAUCAUAUUGGAUACAGAAGGUCUUCUUGGUGUUUCAGCAAAUCACAAUCAGAGAACAAGAUUACUCCUUAAGAUUCUGGCAAUAUCUGAUGUGGUGAUCUAUAGGACAAGAGCUGAACGACUGCAUAGUGAUUUGUUCCAAUUUCUUGGCGAUGCUUCUCAAGCCUAUUUGAGGCAUUUCAUCAUUCAACUGACGGCUGCAUCCAAGCGUCUUCAUUUGGAUUCAAAUGCAUACACAUCUCUUGGACCAAGCCUCACCAUAUUUCAUGAAACAUUGCACACAGAUAUUCUUGCAAAAGGAGCUACUGAGCCAGCCGAAAAAUUUAUCAGGGAUAGAUUCCAUGAGAUGAAUUUGAGUUGCAAUGCUUUUUCUUCCAUUCAUUAUGUGGGAACAAAAACUUCGCGUGGUCCUACAAACUUCUCAGGCCUCCUGGUGUCAGUCAAAAAACAAUUACUAAAUAACGAAGUUAGAUGUUCCAGACGACCUGCAGUUGUCUUUCAAACUCUUAAGAUUUUGAACGAUAGGUUUGCUGGAAGUAUUGACCAGGAGAUCCCAAACAUGUUUCCUGAUCAGUAUUUCACCUGCAGGAUCCAGUGUCUUGCAUGCCAUACUCGUUGCGUGCAUACUAUGAAUCACUCUCUGGAUGAGCAGCCCCACGAAGCGCACCCAAAUUCGAAAUGCAUACAUCAACCACAGUACCAAAACACUGUAUAUACUUGUAAGGCCUGUCACAAAAGAGGUCAGACUGUGAUUGUUGUUCCAAAGACAUCUGCAUCAACCGAGAGUGCUUGGUUGAGUCUUGCUAGCUAUGCAUGGUCUGGAUAUGUGCUGGAAUGCAUAAAUUGUGGAGUCAUUUAUAGAAGUCGACAACACUGGUACGGCAAUCCUGAACCGGAGAAGACAGUUGUUCGAACAGAAAUUCACCAUGUUUGGCCUGGAGGUAACCUGGUUUUGCAAGGUACGCACAACGCUGCCCGUCGUCUGGUUGAUGGAAUACAUUACGUUUCAGAUACAAUUGCUGGCGUAGGAGCAGGACCCGCCAAGGCAGUUUCUAAUUGGAUGGCCGACAAAAUUGCUCCUCCUUACUGGGAAUUGAAUGCUAACAUUAAGACCUGUCGAAAAUGUGAAAAGUUGUUUGACGAAUACACUGCCAUUCAUCACUGUAGAUCGUGCGGCAAGGGAUUCUGUGAUGCCUGUUCCUCUAAAAAGCGACCUGUACCAGAAAGAAAUUGGGGAAUGAGCCCGGUGCGAGUAUGUGAUGACUGCUACGUUCUUACCAAUGUGAACCAUUUUAAAGAAUCAGACAGUGGUGUAGACACCAGCCAAUUGAUGCCUCGAAUGGUCGGUGAAGCUUUUGGUAGCACAGUAAAUGUUCUUAGUCAGAUUGUUAACUAUCCUUUAGAGGCUUUAAAGGAUGCCGCAAGACCAGCAUAUUGGGUUCCAGAUGGAGAAAUCAAAGAAUGCUGUGUUUGUAAACUUCCGCUCAACCCAUCAUCAUCAUUGUCAAGUGCGGUUCAUCACUGCAGAGCAUGUGGUCAAGGCGUUUGUGGAAAGUGUUCAAGCAAUCAGAGACCAGUUAGAUCUCGUGGCUGGGAUCAUCCUGUAAGAGUCUGUGAUCUUUGCUUUGAUAGGAAGGAUUUAUGAAAUUACAUUAAGAAAGCGAUUUGUAACACGGUGACCGAUUUUGUACAUGUUCCAUUUUUUAAUUUGAGUACAAAAUUUUCUAACACUUCUCAACUUCAUCUAUUUUUAUCAUCGUUUUGUUUCACGUUGCACAUUUGGUCAAGAUCAUGUCACAAAACUAUUAUAGCUAGCUAACCGUAGCUAUUUAUAUUUACUUUGCCUUUUGAUCAUUUGAGUUUUUUCGUCAACAUUUUGAAUGGUUCUACCGUGAAACAAACUAAGUAUUUAGAUAUUUAUUUUGUACAAUA